AUGGCCUUCCUGGCCCUGGCCAGUGCGGUCCUGUCUGCCCUGCUGGCUCUGGCUGUCUUCAGGGUGCCCGCCUGGGCCUGUCUCCUCUGCUUCACAACCUACUCCGAGCGCUUCCGCCUCUGCCAGAUGUUUGUGGGGAUGCAGAGCCCCAAGCUUAAAAAGUGUGAGGAGGCCUUCACGGCCGCCUUUCAGGGCCUCUCUGACGCCGAAAUCAACUAUGAUGAGAGAAGCCACCUGCAUGAUGCCUUCACCCAGAUGACCCAUGGCCUGCAGGAGCUGGCUGCUGCCCAGGGAUCCUUUGAGGUUGCCUUCCCUGAUGCGGCGGAGAAAAUGAAGACGGUCAUUACACAGCUUAAAGAAGCCCAGGCCUGCAUCCCUCCCUGCGGUCUCCAGGAGUUUGCCCGGCGUUUCCUCUGCAAAGGGUGCUACUCCAGGGUCUGUGACCUCCCACUGGACUGCCCAGUUCAGGAUGUGACAGUGACUCGAGGCGAUCAGGCUAUGUUUUCUUGCAUCGUGAACUUCAAGCUGCCAAAGGAGGAGAUCACCUAUUCCUGGAAGUUUGCAAGAGGAGGUCUCCGGACUCAGGACCUGUCCUAUUUCCGAGAUGUGCCGCGGGCCGAAGGAUACCUGGCGCGGAUCCGGCCGGCGCAGCUCACGCACCGCGGGACGUUCUCGUGCGAGAUCAAGCAAGACCAGCGCCCCCUGGCGCGGCUCUACUUCUUUCUUAACGUGACGGGUCCGCCCCCGCGCGCGGAGACAGAGCUGCAGGCCUCGUUCCGGGAAGUGCUGCGCUGGGCCCCGCGGGAUGCCGAGCUGAUCGAGCCCUGGAGGCCCAGCCUGGGCGAGCUGCUGGCCAGGCCCGAGGCUCUGACGCCGAGCAACCUGUUCCUGCUUGCUGCCCUCGGGGCCCUCGCAUCAGUGUGUGCCACCUUGUUGGUGUGGAUGUUCUUUGAAUGGUACUGCAGUGGCAGCUAACAAAGGUAUCUCUUUCCUGCUUCCCUAUCCUAUUUCCAUCCUGAAAAUAAAGAAUAUGUUUCAACUCUGGA